AAAAUACUCAUAUCUUAUUAAUUACGUACUAUUAAAAUUAUCAGACACUAUUUUAAAAAAUCGCGAAAUCCCAACGUCGACGUCACGCACACGUUCAGAACACACCGGCGUUACGCGGGAAAUCCGUACAACUAUGUUCGAACUCGUCAUAAACUUCCAAUCCCUCCGCAUUUGCAUGUCAUUGACUGAACGCUUGGGCACGUAAUGACUAGGGGAGAGUCAAUCCGUCGCGUACGCAUGACUUGAGCACACAUGAUAGAGAUAGAACCACGAAAGAUGUGCACUUGCACACGAUCCUGGAAUCAUUAUUCCCCCGCGCUUGCGCCGCGCUCGUUGCGGGCGUCGUCAGGACGGCCGAUCGCGUGUUUCAGUCAGUGUUACACCGCGCGAACGGCAGGAUGCACAGUCGAUCCCGGCAUACAGAAGGGACGUGGCAGGUGCGCAAUGAACCUCGCGAGGACGACAUACGGUACACCAUGCAGCUGUGCCGAUGGGUUUUGAAACCGAUCGGCAUCUGGCAUCUGAUCUACGGUCACUUCUCACAGUACGACAGGCUCCUCUCGGUGAUCCUGAUCGUCACCUGCUUGUCUACCCUGUGCUUUGUCCUGAUACCGUCCGGUCUGUACACACUGCUCCGCGAAAAAGAUAUCAACGUGAAAGUCAAGCUGUUUGGUCCGGUCGGAUUCUGCCUGACCUCCACGAUUAAAUAUUGCUACCUCGGGGCACGCGCGACGUCGUUCGGGAAGUGCAUUCAUCAUGUCGAGGAUGACUGGCGGGCGGUGCGGGACGAAGAUCACCGCGAGAUCAUGCUGAAUAAGGCGUCAACGGGCCGCAGGCUCACCAUGUUGUGCGCGCUUUUCCUUUAUACCGGCGGCUUGGCUUACCACACGAUCUUGCCGUUGUCUUCCACAAUAAAGGUCAACGGCAGCCUCAUCAGCAGACCGCUCACCUAUCCCGGCUACGACAUAUUCUUCGACCCCGAGGCGAGUCCCGCUUACGAGAUCGUGUUUUGCAUCCAUUGUCUGUUCGCACUAAUCACGUACAACAUCACGACGGCGGCGUGCAGCUUGGCCGCAAUCUUCGUUACACACGCGUGCGGCCAAGUGCAGAUACUGAUUACGUUGCUGGACGACCUAGUGGAAGGGAAGAGGAACAGGGGCACAACCGUGGAUAAUCGUUUAGGCAUUAUAGCGAGGCAGCAUGUGCGAGUGCUGAGGUGAGUGGGAAGAAAAUGAGGUAGGUACGUCUG